AUGUCCGAUCUUCCAACUCUCGUCUUCAUACCUGGCUCCUGGCAUAGACCUGCAUGCUACGACCCGGUCAUCAAACUCCUCCAACCAAAGUUCAAAUGCAUCGCAGUCUCCCUCCCUUCAACGGCAGGAGACCCAGCCGCAACUUUCAAAGAUGAUCUCGACGCUGCACAAUCCGUGUUAUCCCGCGAGACGGCUACCGGCCGUGAUGUGGUAGUCAUCGCGCAUUCAUACGGUGGCAUGGUCGGCAAUAGCGCCGUCAAGGGAUUCACUCGCGGCACCCAGGACGAAGCUCAACCCGCAAAGGGAUACGUGAUCGGCAUUAUUCUCAUAGCUUCUGGCUUCACCCUCAGUGGAAUGGCUUUUAUGGAUCCAUUCUUCGGGCAUCCACCUCCUACGUGGCGCGUGAAUAACGAGACCGGGUUUGCGGAGUUGGUUACUCCACCUCGCCAGCUCUUUUAUCAUGAUUUGCCUGAGAAUGAGGCGGAGUAUUGGGUUUCUCAACUUACAACUCAAAGUCUCAAAGCUUUGUUCGAGGGUGCGGAGUAUACAUAUGCUGGCUGGCAGGAUGUGCCUUCUUGGUAUAUCGGUACCACUGAAGAUCAGGGGUUGCCGGUAUUAGCGCAGCGAAUGACCGUUGGCCUGGCCAGGGAACUGGGCGGGAAGGUGGAGCAUCGAGAGCUGCAGACUAGUCAUUCCCCGUUUUUGAGUCAACCGAAGGCGACUGUGAAGAUCAUAAUGGAGGCUGUGGAGGCUUUUAUGGAGAAAUCGAUUGAUAGGUCUCCAAUUGCAAGGGUUGACUUGAUAGCAUUGCCAGAAGCUAGACUCUUCCAACCUUUGACCUGGUUUAGAUUUGGAUUACCGUUAGCAUUCGGUCAUGUGCUAGGAAGGGCCUAUCUCUUCUACUUCUGGGGAAGGAGACUAUGGAGGUCCGGGGUGCGUUGA